CCUACUCGUGGGGUGGCCAGACGUCUCCUCCCUCUCCUCAUCCGUCUCCUGCUCUGCGUAACUAUUUCGGCUCAAGGCGGGCUCAGGGUAGAACGGUCGGUCACAUCAGUUUGGCUGGAUGUGUCUGAGAAGAUAGGCGGCGAGAUCCCGAUUAGAUAUUUUGGGUCGUUCCGGUGGGCGCUCUGCCAUGAGAUGCCACAGUUGGCAUGAUGUGCCAUGCAGUGCGUGCGAAUCGCAAUUCCAUAUUUAGAUGUUGUAGCACGACCCGAUAUGACAUUCCAACCGGCGCAGCGCUUGCAAGGCCGCUCGUGAGUUCUCAUGGUCGCAUCUGCACUGUAAAGGGACAUGUGUCUGAAGGCUCUAACAGCCAGGGCUACAGGUCAACAACCAUUUUGGGGAAACACUUUUUCAUUCAUCGCUUAGUGGCUUGGGCGUUUCUGGAACCACCUCCGCUUGGCCCAGCUUGGCAACUUAAUCAUAUUGAUGGAGAGCGUUCGAAUAAUCGCGCUUGCAAUCUGGAGUAUGUCACUCCAGCAGAAAAUAUAUCCGACUCGUGGCGACGGACCCCCGUCAGAAAGGGAGUUGUCACAGCUAUCGCAACGCCAGUGCUAGCUAAACCUCUUGGCGCAGAUUCAUGGGCACGGUACGCUUCAAUUGCUGAAGCUUCACGCAGCCUUGGAUUGUCAUCGCAUUCGAUUUCUAGCUGCUGCAGAGGCAGGCGGGCGCAUGUCGGAAACUACGAGUUCAAUUACGCAGAACGCAAAGAUCAAUUGAUUCUGCCUGGGGAGGAAUGGAGGCCCGCGCUGCAUCCGGCUCGCGGUGCACCGUUGGCUUCUUUGGUUGUCAGCUCUCAUGGCCGAGUCAGAUCGCGCCGUGGCAUCAUUUCCUUGGGAUCCACUGUCGCAGAUGGGUACCGCAAAGUCUGUGUUCGCGAAAAUGAGCGUAUGAGCAGUCAUCUCGUUCACCGAGUCGUUGCUCGCACGUUUCUUGGUCCAUGCCAGUUUUCCUCGACUUGGAUGGUCAAUCAUAAGGACUGUAACAAGGCGAAUAAUCACAUAGAUAAUCUAGAAUAUGUGACGCCAUCCCAGAAUGUGCAGCAUUACCAUAGACACAGACCAUCUUGUCGGCAGUCAUGCGCCGCGGCUUUAUGCAAGCCUGUGUUGGGGAGGCGCACCGGACACGCGCACUGGACACGGUACGCAUCGGGGAAAGAAGCGGCAAGGGUGUUGGGAUUACAUGCAUCCGAUGUAUCGGCAUGUUGCCGGGGUAAGCGUGAGAUGACAAGUCAGCACGAGUUCCAGUUUGUUGUGCAAACAUUCACCAGUCGUGAUGAUGAGGAGUGGCGAAGUGUGGAUCUAUUAAGUUUGGAGGUGCACAGCCGGAUACUGAGAGCACAGUUUUAAUAUUGUUGCGUGGACCCCACACGUAUCCAGACAAAGCAGAUGUUUGUUUUUCUUGCGCACAUGGGCGAGAGGCGUACCAAAAGUAAUUGUUGGCAAUUGCCCCCAAUGGAUGGAACACUGGAUAUUGUCGUCAGGAAGAGUCUAGGGGAAACAGUGUUUCGGCAGAUGCCCCAGGGAGUUCGUUUGCUACGCGCUACGCUACAUUUGCAUGUGGACUACCCUGCAACCUCGCACUUCCCGCGCAGGCUCCCAAGGGAAGCUUCUGCAGCAUCGUAGCUUUCGCAUAGAACCCCUGACGCACUUGGCUCUCCCUGCUCCCCCCCUCCUCCUCCUCCGUCUCCCCCCCCUCCUCCCUCUCCCCAUGCUGCUUUUCCAUCAUGCCCCUCUUCUCCUCCUUCUAGUUGCUCCUUCUCAUCCGCGAGCGCCCCGCGCUGAGAGCUGGCAGAGCGUGGCCAGGCCAAGACCCAGAGCCCAGGGUCGGUGUGUACGCCCUCCUCGCGAUGCCAGGAGCGCGUGUGCGUGUGUAUACGGAGAGAGGGGAGAGAUUGCGGGCACGC